UGCGCGCGGCCUGGUCCGGUUGCCAUGGAGAGCGCGGCGGUGCUCCGCGUGAAGAGGAAACGGCGCGGGGCCUUGCCGCCGGCGGAGGCUUUAGUCUUGGCCUGUAAGCGGCUCCGGAGCGAGGAAGGAGGAGGAGAAGAAGGAACCGCCGCUUCGGCCGGAGGAGAGGAUGGAGUGGAGGAGAAGCUGUUCAAGCUGGUGGCCACCGUGGCCUCGGAGGAAGAGCCAGUCCAGAAGUACGUUCGUGACGCCAUCGCCAAAGGCAGAGCGGCCCAGCUCCUGCGGCCUUCCUUAGGAAGCGGCCAGAGAGUCGCCGAGGACCUCCGCUCUUCAAAGAGGGCCAGAAGGCAAGAAAGCCGCUACCGACUGGUUGCCAGCCAUCGCCCAGAUUUUGCAGACGGAGAAAGCGCCGCUGGUGAUACAAACGGGGACGGCGGCCGCUUGGACUCCAGAGCCAAAAAUGACGCUUCUCCCUCGGGUUCAUGUGGCGAAUUCCAGUUGUUUGAUAUCGUACAAGAAGACGACGGGGAGAAAGACCUCGAUUUGCAGAAGCCAGAUGACCCAGAUGUGAUUCUGUGCAAUGCUGUGGAGAUGAUUCGUCAGCGUUUAACGGUGUCUGACAGUAAUAAAGAAGAAGAGCACAGCUCAAAAGAAGGGGAGUAUGUUUACGAUAUCUACUAUAUGGAAACGGCAUCCCCGGGAUGGAUUGAAAACAUUCUGUCUGUGCAACCCUAUACUCAGGACUGUGAACUGGUGGAUGAAGAGCGCAUCUCAGAAGAGAUAUAUGAUGAUGAGGAUGAUGAAAACAAUGAGGAUAACUGGCGCAAUGACUACCCAGAUGAAGAUGACUUUCUUCCUGAUGAAGAUAAAGAAUCCGAGAAUGGGAGCAUCAGUGAUGAAGACCAUGGCUAUAUCAGGAGAACAUGGGAGAAAUAUCAGGCCGAUGCCUUACGAGAGUUUGAGUAUGAUGGGUUGGAAGACCUGGAUUCGGAGUAACUCACUAUGCUCUUAGGGCCUAAGAGACUCAUCCAGUGACAAGGCCUUCAUAGUUGAUGGCAUCACAACCUUGCCAGUUGCGUUUCUUAUGUAUAUUGAAUAUUGCCUCUCUCUCUUAUGAAAGCCUUGGUAAAAGUGGUCAGUUCCACUGUAAGGAGAUUCUAAAACUGAAUCAUUGUCUAUGUACUGUAUCUUUGAGUUUGGCAAAUGGGAAACUUUGCAUUGUUGAAAUGAUUGAAACCUGCUUCUGAAAUUAAAGGGCAUUUGAAGAAGAUCUUAAAAGACCAUAUGAAACUAUUCAGCUUAGAUACAACAAAACUAGAAGUGCUUCGAAAGCACAAGUCUCCUGUUCUACACGAAUCUUCUGUGGAUUAAAAGAGACUCUGGCUUAUAAUGCAUGGACCUUUGCACUUUAGUAUUACUGGAGUCCCAAGUAAUACAAGGGUUUUGGUGAACUUGGGAUGUGUAAAUAAAAUUAAAAAAAGGUUUUAUUCAGCUGC